UAAUGACGUAAUUUUAACGACGAAUAUUUUGUAUAAAUAUAUCAAUAUAUAAUUGAGAAGGAGUAUUUUUGAAUGACAGUUGUCACUUUUAUAAUAUGAGUCAUGUCAAAAUAAUGAUGAUAUUAUAAAUGGACACUUAAUGAAUGCAUUAUAUGUAUUUUAAAUAUAUAAUUGUUAGUUACAAUUAACUGUUCAAUUUACGUGUACAAAAUGCCGGUCCAAAAGGAUUCCAAUAUCGUGAAAAUUGCUGUUCAGAUGACAGAUCAAGUACCGCAGUUAAUUGAGUUUAAUCAAAAACAACCAUUAACUGGUAUUAUUCAGGAGCUGUGUAAUGGAUGGGGUCUUUCUGAUUCAGAAUUAUAUUCGUUACAAUUUUCUGAAAAUAAUAAUCAAAAUUAUAUUACAGAAAAGAAUCGUAACGAAGUAAAAAAUGGUAGUAUUUUAAGAUUAGAGUUUUCUCCUUCUAAGAUAGCUACGGAUAUAUUGACAAAAUUGAAUAGUGGCACUUCAGAGGAGAACAUUGCAGCGUUACAGAAAUUAAGCUCAUUAAGUACAGAUAUGACAUUUGCAUUAGAAUUUAUCAAUAAACAAGGAUUAGGUCUCAUUGUCUCUCAGGUUGAGUGUGGAAUAUAUAAAGGUAGCGCUUUAGCAUAUUCUCUUCAGUCCUUCGUAGAAUUGAUGGAUCAUGGGAUUGUAUCUUGGGAUAUCUUGGAGAUACCAUUCAUUAAUAAAGUAGCAAGCUAUGUGAAUAAUCAAUCAGUGUCUUUAGAUACCAAUAUAAUCGAAGCAGCACUUAGUAUCUUAGAAAACAUUGUUUUGAAUUCAUCAGGCAAAUAUGCUCAAGUUGAAAAAGAAGUUACUUUUCCUAAUUUGGUAAUGCAUCUGCAAAGUUCAAGUCCACAAAUACAGCAAAAUGCUAUUGCUUUGAUUAACGCUUUAUUUCUCAAAGCUGACACAUCCAAACGAAGAGCUGUCUCUGCCACAUUGCAAUCAAAGCAAGUUCGAAACGUUUUUCUUACCAACAUAAUUAAAUCUAGUGGACAGGUUGGUACAGAAAUGGCCCAUCAACUGUAUGUCCUACAAACACAGAUUUUAAGCCUUUUAGAACAAAGAAUGAUGACUAAAAUGGAUCCACAAGAUCAAGAUGCGCAUGAAAAAAUAAAGGAACUUAGACGAAUUGCAUUUGACACGGAAGGUUGUAUCGGAAUAGAUGUGGCUGCUCGCAAGCAAGGAUUAUACGCUAAAGAUUAUAAAAAAUUAGGUUUUAAAUAUGAUAUUAAUCCUGCUCUUGAUUUUACCGAAACCCCCCCUGGUAUGCUAGCGCUGGAUUGUAUGGUAUAUUUUGCUCGUAAUCAUAUGGAAAAUUAUACGAAGGUUGUGUUAGAAAACUCUUGUCGUGCAGAUGAACAUGAAUGCCCAUUUGGUAGGACAAGCGUUGAACUUGUCAAAUUAUUGUGCGAGGUGUUACGUAUUGGAGAAGCACCAAGUGAACAAGGACAAUCGUACCAUCCAAUGUUUUUUACACAUGAUCAUCCAUUUGAAGAAUUUUAUUGCGUUUGUAUAGUUUUGUUGAAUAAAACAUGGAAAGAAAUGAGAGCUACUACUGAGGAUUUCGUAAAAGUAUUUUCCGUUGUAAGAGAGCAAAUAACAAGAGCUCUUCUGUGCAAACCAACAGGACUAGAUAAAUUUAAAAGUAAAUUACAACAGUUGACAUAUUCAAUGAUCACUAAUCUUUGGCAACAAGAAAGAACUAGUCGUGAGGAGUGGGAAAGUCAUGCAAGACCGAUCGUUGAACUCAGAGAACAAAUUACGCCUGAAAUAUUGGAGUUAAUUCAACAACAACGUCUCGGAUUUUUAGUAGAAGGAACUAGAUUUAUGAAAUAUAGCGCUAGAGGACAGAGAAUUAAGGAUAAAUUUUGGUACGUGCGUUUAUCACCAAAUCACAAAGUAUUGCAUUAUGGAGACUGCGAUGAAAAGUCAGUACCAUCGAUAGAUGAAUUACCAACUAAAUUACCUAUUGUUGAGAUUCGGGGUUUAAUAACUGGGAGAGACUGUCCUCAUAUGAAAGAUUUACAGCGAAGAAAAACAACCCAUCAAUUAGCAUUUUCCUUAAUGUUGGAUUCGGUGGAAGUUUCCAGUCUAGAUUUUGUUGCACCUGACGAGCAAGUUUUUGAUUAUUGGACGGAUGGCAUUAAUGCCUUACUUAAUCAUAGAAUGACCAGCAAGGAAGCUGAAAAUGAUUUGGAAACUUUAUUAUCUAUGGAUAUUAAAUUAAGACUUUUGGAUGCAGAAGGAAUUGACAUACCUCAAAAUCCACCGCCAAUUCCUGAACCCCCACCAAAUUAUGAUUUCUGUUACGAGUUAAAGUAAUGUGGGCAAUUAAUACCUAAUCUACAUUCGAUUAACUUAAUAUAUUUAUUGGUAACAUGCAUGCCAAAUAACUGCCAGUAGUGAAAUUGAUGUUAUUUAACGUAAGUAAUCAUUUUUAUAUAUCUAAUUAGAUUAUAUUUAUUCAUUUUAACAAGGCUUUUAUUCGUAUUACGAUUUUUA